AGUUAUAACUCCCUUCGUCAUCUCUCCAACCUCAUGCAUCAACUCAACCCCAAACCCUAACUGAAUCUUUACUCUAUACGCGCUUAUAACGACUCAAUGCUUAUAUAUACAUUCAUCUUUGACUGCCCUUUUCGUUUUAGAUGAAACCCAACUCAUUUACAAAUUUUUAAUUAAUUUGUUUGCCGAUGACUCUGACCACCGGCGGUGAUCGGAUCAAGGGUUCUUGGAGCCCACAAGAGGAUGCUUCUCUUGUCAAGCUUGUUGAGGAGCAUGGUCCCAGAAACUGGUCUCUGAUCAGCGCCGGCAUACCUGGUCGUUCCGGCAAGUCGUGCAGGCUGAGGUGGUGCAAUCAGCUUAGUCCGGAGGUGCAGCACCGGCCAUUUAGUCCGGCGGAGGACGCCGUCAUCGUUCAGGCGCAUGCCGUUCACGGCAACAAGUGGGCUACUAUUGCGCGUAUCUUGCCCGGGCGGACGGAUAAUGCGAUUAAGAAUCACUGGAACUCGACUCUCCGGCGGCGUCGGGUUGGAGAGCUGUCGUCGGCGUCGUCAGAGUCGAACUCAGCGAUGAAGCGCCCGAGUUUUGAUGCAACAGUGUCGUCCGAGUCGGACUCGGGACUAAAGCGGCAGCGCGUUGGCGCGUCGCCGGAGCACAAUAGCUGUGAUAGGGUUAAGGCCGAGCCGGAGACGUCGCUAACGCUAUCCCCGCCGGGAGAUAGUGUGGUAACGUUUCCCGUGGUUGAUAGAGUGGAGGAUGCUCGAGAUGAAGGGGAGCGGUGUGCGGUGGAGAUGGCGGACACGUGCUUGGUAAAGAUAAUACAGCGUAUGAUAGCGGAGGAGGUUAGGAAUUACUUCAUCGCGUUACGGGCAGAGGAUGGGCUUCGGGUUAGGCCCGAGCUCGACCCAGCGGCCCAAAAUAAUCCCUAAAAUCUUAUACCAAAAGUUUCAGUCUCACAGCUGUCUUUCUUUUUACACCGAAAACAUUAGAGCUGGGUGGUCGAGGAAUGAAUUGCAACGGCAGCUGAAAUUUUAGAUGAAUCAGUAGUUUUAAUACUUGCUUUUUUAAAACAAAAAAAAAACUUUCAUUUCACUCUUUUCUAACCUUACAUCUACCAACAAUGGAAAAGGUUCUACUUUGAGAAAAGUUGAUGGUAAUUUGAAGACCAAAUCUUCUCUAACCCCUCUCUCAUUCACGGAUGGGUAUGCCAAUUAUUUGUACUAGUUUGAAUGAUGAAUUGAGUAACAGAUUCUGGUCUAGGAGAUCUU